AUGCCCGCCAAACGUAAGAAUACAGCGAAGCAAGCCAGUAAUGGCAAUGCAAAACAAGCAAAACAAGAGGGUCAGAAGGCUGUCUCCCAUGAGAUCAAUGUGCCCAUCGAUGAAGGCUUCGAACAAGGAGAUGCCAAAGUCUACAUCGACGACGGUGGGAUUAUCUUUGACGCCUCUCUAAACCAGACAAAUAUCGGUGGGAACAACAACAAGUUCUACCGACUGCAGCUUUUGUACAACGACAACGACCAGUAUUAUGCCCACACCCGCUGGGGUCGUGUCGGCGAAUACGGUCAAGUCAAGACCAUGGGUCCCCUUGAUCUGGAGGGCGCUCAAAAGGAAUUCGACAAGAAAUUCAAAGACAAGUCCGGCCACAAAUGGGACGAGCGAUCUGAGCCCGCCAAGAAAGGCAAGUAUACCUUCUUGGAGAAGAAUUACGAGGACGACGAAGAUGAGGCCGAAAACCAGGUAAAGGAUGAAAAAGAUGAGGAGAAAGUUGAGAGCAAGCUUCCACGCCAAACACAACGACUUAUGGAGCUGAUCUUCAAUUCAAACCACUUCAAUGCCGUACUUGAGCAGAUCGGUUACAACGCCAACAAACUGCCGCUGGGAAAAUUGUCCAAAGCCACCUUGAAGACGGGCUUUGAGCAUCUGAAUGAGCUGGCUAGUCUGAUCAAGCAUCCAAGUCUGGCCCAAAAUAAGUACAACACGUCCCAAAAGGAAGCUAUUGAGGACUUUUCCAACAAGUAUUACUCGACCAUACCCCACGAAUUCGGCCGCAACCGUCCACCAGCAAUCGACAACAACGAGCUCCUUCGUAGCGAAAUAGCCAUGCUUGAUACCCUCACGGACAUGGAAGUUGCUAACCAGAUCAUGAAGACUACGGGUGACAAAGACAAAGACGCAGAAAGUGUCAACCUCCUAGACAAACGCUUCCAGGAACUCAACAUGGAAGAGAUGACGCCUUUGGAUCACAAGUCUAUCGAGUACAAGGCUCUGGCAGACUAUCUGAUUAAGUCCUCUGGAACGAGCCAUGGUAUUCGCUAUCGCCUUGAGGAUAUCUUCCGGAUCGACCGUGCUGGCGAAGGGGAUAGAUUUGCCAAGUCUGAAUUUGCUAGAAUCCAUAAAAAGGACAGGCGCUUGUUAUGGCAUGGGUCUCGUACGACGAACUAUGGUGGUAUCUUGUCUCAAGGAUUACGUAUUGCACCGCCUGAAGCACCGGUGAACGGAUACGCCUUUGGAAAGGGUGUCUAUCUAGCCGAUGUCUCCAGCAAGUCCGCGCAAUAUUGCACCGCAGGCAUGUCUGGAGGGACCGGCCUCUUACUCCUUUGUGAGGCUGAGCUGGGCAAGCCAAUGUACGAGAUUCCGACGGGAGAUUCCAGUGCGCAAGAGAAGGCGAAGCAGCACGGUGCCAUCGCGACGCUUGGCGUCGGACGAACCGCACCCCAGGGGUGGACGGAUGGGGAGUUUAUUCACGAGGACUUGAAGGGUGUCUCCUUGCCAGAUGUCACGAAGGGCCUUGGAGACAACAAGGCUGCGAAAGCCACGGGGUAUUUGAUGUUCAAUGAGUACAUUGCCUACGACGUCGCACAGUUGCGAUUGAGGUAUCUCUUCCGCGUGGGCAUGUAG